AUACGCGGUCAGCGAGAAUUAAUUAUUGGGGACAGACAGACCCGCAAAACAGCAGUAGCCACAGAUACAAUUCUCAAUCAAAAAGGCCAAAAUGUAAUAUGUGUUUAUGUAGCUAUUGGUCAAAAAGCAUCUUCUGUGGCUCAGGUAGUGACUACUUUCCAGGAAAGAGGGGCGAUGGAAUACACUAUUGUGGUAGCUGAAACGGCGGAUUCACCUGCUACAUUACAGAACCUCGCUCCUUAUACGGGAGCGGCUCUGGCUGAAUAUUUUAUGUAUCGUGAACGAAAUACUUUAAUAAUUUAUGAUGAUCUCUCCAAACAGGCACAAGCUUAUCGCCAAAUGUCUCUUCUAUUAAGGAGACCUCCCGGUCGUGAAGCUUAUCCAGGAGAUGUUUUUUAUUUGCAUUCACGACUUUUGGAAAGAGCCGCUAAAUCAAGUUCUAGUCUAGGUGAAGGAAGUAUGACUGCUUUACCGAUAGUUGAGACUCAAUCUGGAGACGUUUCAGCUUAUAUUCCUACUAAUGUAAUUUCCAUUACAGAUGGACAAAUAUUCUUAUUCGCCGAUCUAUUCAAUGCCGGAAUCCGACCUACUAUUAAUGUUGGUAUUUCUGUUUCCAAAGUAGGAUCCGCAGCUCAAAUUAAAGCCAUGAAACAAGUAGCCGGCAAAUUAAAAUUGGAACUAGCGCAAUUUGUGGAGUUAGAAGCCUUUGCACAAUUUGCUUCUGAUCUCGAUAAAACUACUCAGAAUCAAUUGGCAAGAGGUCAACGAUUACACGAGUUGCUUAAACAAUCCCAAUCAGACCCUCUCGCGGUGGAAGAACAGAUAACUACUAUUUAUACCGGAGCGAAUGGAUAUCUAGAUUCGAUAGAACUUGGACAGGUAAAGAAAUUUCUCGGUCAGUUACGCAACUACUUAAAAAAGAAUAAACCUCAAUUUAAAGAAAUUAUAUCUUCUACCAAGACAUUCACCGAGAAAGCGGAAUCACUUUUGAAGAAAGUUAUUCAGCAACAGAUCGAACUGUUUUUACUUCAAGAACAAACAUAAAUUUCUCACUUUUUUCUAUUCUUAGUACAAGAAUAAUCGUUGAGAAAUAGUUCUAAUUCGAAUGAUUCAAAAAAGGUUUCUUGGUAUAGCCAUUUUUAAAAUGGAUGUAAAUAAAUUGCGUCCAAUAGGAUUUGAACCUAUACUAAAGGUUUAGAAGACCUCUGUCCUAUCCAUUAGACAAUGGACGCUUUUCAUUUCUAUUUUCUUCUUUUGUAUUCUUAGUUCAUAUAAAAGAUAUUACCGGGAAAAUCCUUUAUAGAAAAAAGGAUGUAUAUCUAAAUUGAUGGUGCAUGUAUUUAUAAU